AAAAAAAAAAAAAAACUCCCAACCAAGAAGAGCUAUUGGGUUUUUAUUAUUUCUGCAAAACGCUCUCAUCCAAGCGAAACGAAGCAUUUAGUUUUUCCAAAGAAAGAACAGUGUAGACUCUAGACAAGGGAAGUCAUUUAAAUCAAUAACAGUUAAAAGUCAACAAACUCGGGAAAUUCAAACCAUCUCCUGAUUUCAUUUUCCGCCUAAGCAAAGCACGCGAAAGCCGAAACUUAUCUCUCUCUCUCUUUCUCAAACAUGUCUACCGCCGAGACGUCGGGGAACUCGAUCCAACAAGACCCGAAAAGACCCGAAGAAACCCUAGCUCCCCAGUUACCGCCCGAUCCUCUUCUCAAAUCCGGCACCUUCAUUGCCGUACCUCAACACGGUACGACGGCUGAGCCGCCGCCGCCACAACUGCGCCGAUCUUCCGACGACGCCGUGCCAGCUUGCUUGGCCGCAGAAAAGUCUAACGGGGAAACGCCGCCGGUUGCGCCGGCUCCGGCUCCGGCUCCAGGGAACGCCGCGUCUCUGGCCGAAACUCCGCCGCGUCGGGCGCCAGCGGCGGCUCCAGAUUGGUUGCCGGCUGGUUGGAUGGUCGAAGAUAGAGUUCGGAGCUCCGGCGUCACUGCUGGAACCGUAGAUAGGUAUUAUUUUCAUUCAGUUUCAGGAAGCCGAUUCCGGUCGAAGAAGGAGGUUCUUUACUUUUUGGAAACAGGAACCAAACGUAAAACAAGGAAACCAAGUGAGAACUCCGAUGCUGAUACGAUGGAGGGCUCUGGGGGCCAGAAACAAAAGAAGUCUGCCACGAAGGCGAAGACUUUUGAUUUGAAAUUUGAUUUCUCUAAUGUGCCUGAGAAGGUCCAGUGGGUUCUCACAGAUUACUCGAAAGGAUCCUGGGCUCCUUUUACUGGUGACAAAAAGGUGCCACAGAGUACUGUGCAAGAAUGGGAAGCGGCAUUCACAGCCUUCAGCUCCAAAAACAAUGGUCAGAAAUUGUUUUGAAAAGCAUUUCCAAACCUUCCCAUUGUAUCAUUAAGAAUGCCAUCCUAUACUGACCAAUAGAAGUCUUUUUCUAAUUCUCUUUUCUUUUCUUUUAGCUUUUUGGGUUGGUUUUGAUGAAAUUUUCAUUCGAUAGCCAAGCUCAAUUGAAUAGCUAUUUGGCAUUUCUUGUUCUAGGUUGUAGGAUGUUUUAACUUUUUGAUAUUCCCUUUUGUUUUGUUUUGUUUUCUUUCUCUUAUAAUUAACAUGUAACUUUAGGAUGGAUUCUUGUUCAAACGAGUUUCAUUGUUGCAAGAACUCAAGAUCAAAUGUUAAGAAGGUUUUCUAUUUUUGGAAUA